AUGCGUUGCACGCGAGGUUCUGUGAUGGUGUGCUGCGCCUUGCUGUUCAUCACCUGGAACGCCUUGCUGGUUCUGCUCCUGCGGGUCAAGAUUCCGGAGCAAGAUGUGAAUCAAGGGUCCCCCGAAGACGAGGACGCGUUGGGCCAUGUGAUGCGAGUGGCCGAGAUGCUGGAGGCGGAGCUGGAGUUGCAGAACAAAAUCCUGGCGCAGAUCCGAAGCAUGCGUCCUCGGGGAAAGAAAAAGGCGAGUCUGGCACCUUCAACGCCGCUGGACUUUGUCGUACCUGUCCUGGUGAUGGCCUGUAACCGUGUAACGGUGCGGCGUUGCCUGGACAAGUUGCUCCUCCACCGGCCCUCGGCCGAGAGGUUCCCCGUCAUUGUGAGCCAGGACUGUGGCCACGCCGAUACGGCCGAGGUCAUCCGCUCGUACGGGAGCGACGUGACUUACAUGGCGCAGCCCGACCUGGCCGACAUUAACGUGCCGCCAGCGCACAAGAAGUUUCAGGGCUACUACAAGAUCGCCAGACACUACCGCUGGGCUCUCAAGCAAGUCUUCAGCAAGUACUCGGCUGUCAUCGUCGUGGAAGACGACCUUGAGGUGGCGCCGGACUUCUUCGAGUACUUCAGCGCGACUCUGCCACUGCUCCGCUCGGACCCCAGCCUGUGGUGCGUGUCGGCGUGGAAUGACAACGGGCGCGACGGCUCGGUGGACCCUGCGGGCUCAGCCCUCCUGUACCGCACUGACUUCUUUCCCGGUCUGGGCUGGAUGCUUUUGCGAGAGCUUUGGGAGGAACUGGAGCCCCGUUGGCCCGCCGCAUUCUGGGACGACUGGAUGCGUCAGCCCGAGCAACGCCGCGACCGCCAGUGCUUGCGGCCAGAGAUCUCCCGCACGCUGACGUUCGGCCGACAGGGCGUCAGCCUGGGCCAGUUCUUCGACAAGUACCUGCGCUACAUCAAGCUCAACUCUGACUUUGUGCCUUUCACCCGACUGGACCUGACGUACUUGAAGCGAGACGUGUACGAGAAGAGUUUCACGGAGCAGGUUUACGCCGCCCCCGUCGUCACCUUGGAGGAUGUCCAGCGGGGGUCGCUGCAGGGCGGUGGUCCCUUCCGCCUGCAGUACUCCAGUAUGGCGAGCUUCCAACUGUUGGCAAAAAACCUAGGUAUCAUGGACGACUUGAAGUCCGGCGUGCCAAGGACCGGCUACAAGGGGGUGGUGCCGCUCUUCUUCAGGGGACGCAGAAUCUACAUCGCGCCGCCCCCGGGGUGGACCCACUACGAUCCCACUUGGAAUUGA